AUGCCACCUGAUGAAUUCGAGGUUGGAGAGUUACUCUCCAUUUGUUACGGGAAUCCCAAUAAUGUUAAUGAAUUUGCAUCUGCGCUUCAUUUUAAGGUGCGUUGGAAAGGUUAUGGUUCAGAUGAAGAUACUUGGGAGCCUUAUGAUGGGUUACGGCAAUGCAAAGACAAACUGAGGGAGUUUGUAACAAAAGGUUUCAAGUCAAAGUUAUUGCCACUUCGAGAAGACGUGCAUAUUGUGUGUGGAGGUCCUCCAUGUCAAGGCAUCAGCGGUUUUAAUCGAUUUAGAAACCCAGAAGAUCCAUUUGCAGAUAAGAAAAAUUGGCAGUUGGUCGUUUACAUGGACAUUAUAGAUUUUUUGAAGCCCAACUAUGUCUUGAUGGAGAAUGUUGUGGACCUCGUGAAGUUCUCCGAAGGAUUUCUUGCUCGUUAUGCUAUAGCACGUCUUGUAAACAUCAACUAUCAGACAAGACUCGGGAUAAUGGCAGCAGGUUCUUAUGGAGUUCCUCAAUGUAGGAAUCGGGUCUUCUUAUAUGACAUGAUUCAAAAGUGGGGAGUUAAUUCAAACCAGCUAGAUGAGUUGGAACCGCCUCUUGAUCUUGGAGAUGCAAUUCGUGAUCUGCCUCCGGUGACCAAUUAUGUGAAAGAAGACGAAAGAGAGUACACGACAGAUUUUCAGAAGUUUAUUAGACUCAAAAGAUCUGAUACAUUAAUCUCAAUGGAUGGUGGAGACAAAUCACAGCCUCAAAUUUUAUAUGAUCAUCAACCUAAACGGUUGAAUGCUGACGACUACGAGAGGGUAUGCAAGAUUCCAAAGAAGAAGGGUGCAAAUUUCAGAGACUUGGGAGGUGUAAUAAUACUUGAGAAUAAUGUUGUCCAACUUGACCCUUCGGUUGAGAGAGCAACAGUGAAGUCUGGAAAGCCUUUGAUUCCUGAGUACGCAUUGUCUUAUAAAGAUGGCAAAUCUCUAAAGCCAUUUGGUCGGUUGUACUGGGAUGAGAUUGUUAACACGGUUGUGACGCGUGCUGAACCACACAACCAGCGUAUAAUUCACCCGUUGCAAGACCGUGUUCUGACAGUCCGUGAGAACGCAAGACUUCAAGGAUUUCCUGAUUUCUAUAGCCUACAGGGCACUGUUAAGGACAAGUACAUUCAGGUUGGAAAUGCUGUUGCUGUUCGCUAG